CUGAAAACUGAAGAAACACUUCCUCAAACUUGAGGGAACAGAUUAGAGACAGAGGACAGACAUGAAGAGACAGAGAAGGAUAGACACAAACAAACAGAUAUGGUCUGAAUAGUGAGAGUAAAAGAGAGAAAAACAAUAGAAAGGUUAUUUAGAAAGCGAGAGAGAGAGAGAGAGAGAGAGAGAGAGAGAGAGAGAGAGAGAAAGAGAGAGGUGAUGACAACGUGUGAGAAAGUCAUUCCUUAAAACAGAGAUUUAUUCCUGGGAGGAAACUUUACUGCUCUGCAUCAUCCACACAAAUCAGCGUCUCUAAUGACGAUGAACAAUACCACAAGCUCAUCCUCCCCUAAUGAAAACUUAGUCCCCACAGUUUCAUUCGUUCUUGGUGCCAUCAUCCUUGGCAUCGUCUUCCUUCUGGGCGUCCCAGGAAACCUCUUCAUCAUAUGGAGCAUCCUGGCACGUGCCCGUAAGCGAUCAGUCACAACGUUGAUCAUCCUGAACCUGGCGUGUGCCGAUGGUGCCAUCAUGUGCCUGACUGUGUUCUUCAUCGUGUACCUGGCCAAACAGUCGUGGGUGUUCGGACGCACCAUGUGCAAGCUGCUCUUCUAUCUGUGCAACACCAACAUGUAUGCCUCCAUCAUGCUCAUCACGCUCAUGAGUGUGCACCGGUUGGUGACCGUGCUGCGACCACAAGGCACUCGCUUCUUCAGGAGCAGGAGAAACAUGCUGAGCAUCCUCACCAUGCUCUGGGUGCUCGUCUUCAUGCUCGCCAUUCCUGCUCUGAUCUUCAGGGAUGUGAACAAGGAGAACAGCAAUCAAACACUCUGCUCGCACCAUCACCAUGAUCCCAAAUAUGAGGCGUUCCACAUGAGCAUGGAGACAGUGGUGGGGUUCCUGCUCCCAUACGGCAUCAUCGUCAGCAGUUACCUGUGUAUUCUCCGUCAUCUGCGACAGACUCCCUUUAAGAGGCGAGUGCGCAGUGAGAAGCUCAUCCUCGCCAUCAUCAUCACUUUUGCUGCUUUCUGGCUGCCAUAUCACAUCAUCAACAUCGUGCAGGUGGUGUCUGCGUGUGCACCAGAGGAUCUGCAAAAAAAGUUGGGAAGCAUCUCGAAGACUUAUCGAGCCGCCACUUCUUCUCUGGCCUUCAUUAGCAGCUGCGCUAACCCGGUGCUGUACACAUUAGCGGGACGCUCUUAUAUCCGCACAGACGGACUGUCCUUCAUGGCCCGGCUGUUUGAGGGCACAGGGCUCGAGAUCAUCAGUGGAACACUCCGAAUUCAGCGCAAAGUGAGCAAAGGAGGAGCAGCCGAGCUCACGCCCAAGAACUGUGACUCCUUAACAAACAACGCAGAGAGAAGCUAAUGUACAAUAUAGAAAUAUUAUUUCUACAGAACUAAAUUCUAUUUAUUACAGGAGUUCAGUAGGGGAUGUAACACAGUGAUAUAUAAUAAGACUGUUAUCCUUUUACACAUUUAUUUUCUCUUUAUCUCCUCUGACUGCUUCUGCUUCUCACUCCACUCCCUCUGUUUGGUUUAGUUUAGGUUUAAAAACUGUAUUAGAAACUUUUGAAACUGUUUAAGAUUCGAGUGUGAAAGUUCAGACAGAGUUUAAUGCUGAGACAUGAACAUAGGACACAUGUACAGAUGACUGAAUAAAUGUUUGUAACCUCAUUGUGUAAUAAAUCUCUUUUGUCUUA